AUGAUUCGAAUACCGACGCUGCGACAUCUGGCGACCAGUUCGGCGCGCUUCGCCGCUCGCACAACCCAGCAGCGUCGCUGGGCGCAAGUCGUCGACGUCCGAUUCCACACAACGCAGCCUUCGCAAGUGAUCCUCGAGAAGUACCGCGAGAAACUCACCAAAAAGGCGUCGCAGGAGGGUCAUGGAAGCAUCGAAGACCUCAAAGCAGCGUAUGCGGACAAGAUUCAAGAACAGCGCAAGAAUGACGCCGUAGACGUUCCUUCAAUAGAGGAUCUGUCCUCGGCAUCCAUCCCGCAGACCGAGGGCACGCCACCCGCCAUCAAACCCCUUGGCGAUAUCCUCGAUCUCGAAAAAGCCGCCGACUUGCCCGAAAAGGAACUCACAGCCAUCUGGCGCCUUCGCCACGCAUCGUCUCCGCAGACGCUCUGCGCCGUCAUCCCUGCGCCAACAUACAAAGCGAUGGAGGAUCUGGCACGCAGCAGUCCCUUCUUUGUCCUUCCGGUGCCGCACGAGGAUCAGGGCGCAGAAAUGCACCUGUUGCAAUGGACCUUUGAUGCAGCAUCCAAGACCAGCACUGUUCUGUUCACCCAGCUGGUCGAGUAUAAGACCAGAGGGGAGUUUGCGCAACCACAUACCACAGUGACGCAUCACCUCGAUCUGAUUAAGGACAAGGGUCUGGUUCUUAUGCAGGGCCAGGUCAUGGAAGGGAGGGGCGUACAGCCAGACCACGCAAGAUGGCUGGUUAUGUGCUUGCAGCGAUUCUACGGCGGAUGGGAGCAAAAGGGCGAUGAACUAGAUGGACAGAGAAAAGAGAGGGCCAAAGAAAGAAAGAAACUGCUUGAGUGGUUUACAAAAGGCGAUCCGAGAUUCAGCGUCGAGAAGCUGCUAGAAGAGGCGGAAAGAUUGGGAUGA